AAUCGAACCGUUGUUGACUUGCGCAUAUUUAAAAUGAGUUCUACUUGGUCUAGUUUCACAAAACAAAUCCGAAAAUACUUAUCAGACAGUGAUGAACAAAUUGUUAAAAUACUGAGAAGAAAAUUUCUCCAGACAACUUACGAAUUUCAGAAAACUGAGGUAUCUAAACCCAUACUCGACAAAUGCAUAGCGGAGAUAGCAUUCAAUCCAGAUAGAAUCUAUGUUAUUUUGAAUGACUUAAAAACAACCUUUAAGCUGCAUACAUCGAAAAUUGACAAAAAGUCCCAACAGGUUAUUACCAAACGACGUCUGGACUUCAAGACAAUAAGUCAGGAUGUUGGAAGUUCGCAUAUUAAACCAAAUAAUUCCCCCAAUCAUUGUACGGAUGACGAAGUUUCACAUAAGAAUUCAUCCCCAGUGUCAAGUUGUUCCGGUGAUGACGAUGUAAUCAUCGUUGACUCACCGGGUUCUCCAAAUGUUAUCAAGCCGCCGUCAGACCCUAUCCAGUCUUCAUUUGGUUGUUUAAAGAGUUCGACAUCUGAAAAUAAAGAUCAGAAAAAGGAGUGUAUUGAUCGAAAUAAUGAGGACUUCGGUGAUAUUCAGAACGAUAAGAGAUGUAGGAUAAUUGGUCGUUUAGAGUGUCUUAUGACACGUCUCUCUCAAGCUAUUCGAGAAUUGGAAGAAAAAGAACUUGAUUUUAAUGAAUUGGAUUCGUCCAAUUCACCGUACCUUAAACUAGAUGCUUUAAAACGUCAAUAUUUGAAAGUAUGGCGUCGACAUUGUGAACUACGUAAUGUUGCUCGAAAAUCUGGACGGAUAUUACGUCAAAGAUUUAUAUAUAAUGGAAGCCAAUAUCCAAAAGUAAACGAAAAAAUUGAAGAGAUCGUUAAUCAGAAAAGACUGUUUCCUGAUUGGACUGAUAUUUAUCGAAUAGUUACUUCAGUGAAUAAGGAAGAACACUUGAAUUUGACGGGAUCAACUGUCAAAUCUUUAGCGCGUGAAAUCUUUAUUGAUGUUGGUCAUUCAUUAAAACAACGACGUCAAGAUGAUUUAAGACACGAUUUCGGAUGUCAUCUGACAGAUGACUUAUGUGAUGAUGAUGAUCCAACUUAUUCUAGUCGAGAUUUACGAAGAAAGCUAACUGAAAAUAAACGUAUUGGUGAUAACAAUCUAAACAAGGUAUUCAAACAUUAUAUUGAUAUUCAGCAUACCAUUCAAACUGUUCAACAAAUUAUACAAGAACCUGAAGAUAACAAUAAAGUUGAGCAUGAUGUUAAUCGUCAGUCUGAUAUGAUGAAUUCUAAUGGGAAAGUUUCCGUUCCUAAUCCGGUUUGUUUUGCAACGAACACUCAACAGUGUGAAAAUGAUAAACUUCCUAGUUCACCAGCAACAUCUGAUGAAGUGUUAACUUUAAGUUCAGAUUCCGAUGAAAAUGAGGAGACGAAACCUCAUGAUAUCACUUCAGGUUCCGUAAGUUCAUCAAUGUCAGGUUAUGAUGAAUCCACUCCUACUAACGAUGUAUCACAGGAAUCUUCUGUUAAAAAUGAUAGACGUGAUGAAAAAAUCAAAGAUAAUAUCGAUGCUUCAAACACUUCUUUGUCUGUCCCCGUAACAUGCUCUUCAACGACGUUACCAACAACAACAAUCGAUCUACUUGAUGAUGACAUUUCAUCGACAGAUUGUUUUACUUCAACACCUCGAGAAAAAAGACCAAGGCUGGAUCACUCUUGUCAUUCAACUGAUCCUUCUAUCACGCAUAAUAAUCGAUUUCCUUUUUCCACACCACUACUUCAAGAAACUAGACAAUCUAGCCAAGUUUUAACAGUGGCCACACGAUAUGGUCCAUAUGGAUGUGAUACAUUCAGUCAAAUGGCCAGUGCACAUGUUGUACACCGUUAUCCUGUAACUACUACUACUAAUAAUAAUAAUACUACACUAAUUACAAAUAAAAUACUCGAAGAAUCUAGUCGACAUUUUGUUAAUAAUUCAUAUAAAUGUUCAUCAAUAGUACAUGUAAAUUCUUGUUCAUCUACUUUUAAACCUUUAGCAACAUUGUGUAAUAAUAAAUCUUCAAGUAUUUCACAUCCUACAACUACUCAAUAUCAUCUGCCUAAUUCAGAUUCUUUAAAUAAUACCAAUGAUGUUACAACAUCAUGUAAAAAUUCGCCUAGAGUUUAUGAUCACGAAACUAUUGAAAUCGAUUAAAAAAAUUGUUCAGAUUCCCUUUCCUCUUAUUUCAUUUUGUACUUACAAAUGUAUUUAUGGUUGAAUUUCUUUCCUUUGUGUCUAUUCAUAAAUAUUAAAGUGGAUAUAGAGUGGCUCGUUUACCUCGAACCAUUUUAUUCCUCAGAAGUAUGAUGUUUUCUUUCAAACCACUUUAUCGGUAAACAUAAAUUUGUUUGUUUUAUUUUAAACAUAGUUUAUUGCUUUCCCUAAUUAGUAGAAAAUGUUUCAUCUUCAAAAUAAAACCAUUAUUAUCAACCCUAACUAGUUUCUAGACAUGAAGUAGAAGCUGGGUUCAUUAUUAAAUUGCUUGAUUGUAACGUAAUGAUCUUAAACGUAAAAAACGGCGAAGUUUGGGUACAACGAUUCUCGUCCAUCGUGACCAAUUACAAAACAGUUUAUAUUGUAUGGUGCUUUUAUUGAGUCACUAAGUGGUAUACUGCAAGUCCAAAUGAGUUUCAAUAUAUCUGGUUUUUGUGGUCAUUUCUAAACAAGAUACGAUUUGAUACAAGUUUCUUCAGUUCACAUCAGCAUAGAGAAUGGACGUCGGAGGGCUAACACCAAUUUUAGUAGAAAAAGAAAAUUAAGAAAUAUGGAACAAAGGAACGGAUGAUAUCUACAGUUGAAAUGGCAGUAAAAUAUUUAAAUAAAUAUGGAGAAUGAAAACAAUUGCGAUCUUCUAUGGAAUGUCAUUCAAGGUCUUUUAUCAUAGAUCAAGGUCCAAGUCCAUGUUUAUCGUGAUACAACUGAGACUAACAGUCGGUGAUACGUACUGAUGUCAUCUGUUAAUUUAUCAAACUAGGCCUGUUUCUAUCUACGCUUAUGCUAACUGGUAUAUUUUUAUACAACUGGUUUCUUAUUGGCUAUAAACGUAGUCUAUCCAUAAUUUAUGAUUCAAUGAUGUAUACUUUAGGAUAUUCAAAACGCACUUCAUAUUCUCUUGUUUCGUCCGGUCUGGUUGAUAAACGUGUGACCUGUUGAGUUAAUUGACUACUAAAAACAAUUGAUACCAACGCAACUAGUGUUUGGCUUUUUAGAUUUCUUGGAUGGAAUUAAAUUUAACUAUGUUCCGAUAAUUAGCAUGAGGAUUUAUGUGUUACAAGGUCGACUUUAUGUAGAACACUAACCCACUAGGACUUUUCAGUGUACUGACCUAUAAAACCAGUAAACUUUGG